GCCAGAAAAAAAGAAUCUCCAUUAUUAAGAGCUAGCCAUUUUUAUUGUUGGAAAAAGAAACAGAGAAAGAAUCAGACCAGAAAGAGAAGAUGGCUGAGUUUGCAGUUUCCACUGUCGUCGAAAAGCUCACGAGCUGGAUCACUGAAGAAAAACUUCUCUUGGAAGGUGUGGGCGACAAGGUUGAGCAACUGCGAGACCAACUGCGGUGGAUGCAAAGUUUCCUUAAGGAUGUAGAUGCAAAGCGAGAGAAGAAUGAAAGACUUCGCAAUUGGGUGUCUCAAAUAAGAGAAGUGGCCCUGGAUGCUGAAGAUAUUGUAGAAACUUACAUCACCGAAGCAGCAUCUCACAGUUCAUGGGACAUACCUGCAAAGUUAAUCAAUCUUCAUCAGGCAGGAAAGAAGAUUGGAAAGAUUCAAUCUAGGGUCCAAAAUAUUUCAAGCCAAAAAGAACAUUUUGGAAUCACUGGCACUGCUCAAGAGGGACGUGAAGGGACGAGUGCUUCCCCAAAUGAAAGGCUACGAUGGUGGAGACAGACAUCGCCCAAUAUCGAGGAAGAUGAUUUGGUUGAUCUUGUAGAAGAUACCAAAGCAUUGCUAACACAACUGUCUAGCAUGGACCCGCGUCGCCGUGUGGUUUCUAUUGUGGGCAUGGGGGGUCUGGGCAAAACCACUCUUGCAAAAAAAUUGUACAAUCAUUGUGAUCUCAAAUACAAAUUUGAUUGCAAAGCAUUUGUUUAUGUAUCUAAUGAUUACAGUAGAAGAGACACUCUACAAGAAAUAAUUGCAACUACAAGUCCUGAUUGCAAUAUGGAGGAUUUGAAGAAACUAGCAGAGGAGGCGUUGGUAUUGAAGCUGCACAAAUUGUUGAAGGAUAGGAGGUAUCUAGUGGUUCUUGAUGAUAUCUGGGAAAAGGAGGUUUGGGAUAAUCGUGUUUCUGCAGUUUUAGCUCUAAGCUACAAUGAUUUGCCUUUCCACUUAAAAUCAUGUUUUCUCUAUUUGGGUCUUUUCCCUGAGGAUUCCUCUAUAUCGAAAACAAAGUUGAUACGCUUGUGGGUUGCAGAAGGAUUCUUACCACAACAAGGAGAAGAAGCUGCGGAAGGUGUUGCCGAAAAUUGCUUAAACGAGUUGGUUGAUAGGUGCAUGAUCCAGGUAGGAACACUAACCUCACUUGGAAGUCUUAAAGCCGUUCGCAUGCAUGAUGUUCUCAGAGACUUCUCUAUCUCCAAGGGCAGAGAGGAAAGUUUUCUUGAAAUUUAUAGUGGGCAGGAAAUUGAAUCGCCAACAUCACAACGGACCAAAUGUCGAAGGCUUGCAAUCCAUGGUGAACAUGAUAACCUGUAUGUUUUUCUAAAGCCGUAUGCCCCCUAUUUACGCUCCCUUCUAUUUUUCAACAUGGGGGAUUCAAAACUCGACUUUGUUUUCAAGGAUUUCAAGUUGCUCAGGGUCCUAGAUGGUGUUCCCUUUUCAUCACCAAGUGCUAUAGGAAACCUAAUUCAACUGAGGUAUCUAGGACUAGGAGUAUUAAUGAAAACAUAUAUGGUGACAAACGAUCUGCCUCGAUCAAUUGGAAAAAUGAAGAAUCUACAGACACUCGAAGUAACAAAUUUCAUAAAUCUGUGUUUUCCUAAUGUUAUUUGGAAGUUGAAGAAUUUGAGACAUUUGGUGGUCGUCGGUGUAGUCGCUAUAAUGAAUUCUAGAUUGGAUUUGUUAAACAAUUUAAGGACCAUAGAAUGGGUAAAGGGUGGAAGAUGGAUAGAAGAUGGCCGUUUAGCCAGCUUGACUAAUCUGCGACGACUGAUAAUAGUACUAUUAGCGCAAGAAGAAUUAAACUCAUUGGUUUCCAACAUAGAGAGAUUGCACUGCCUUGAAUCCUUGUCACUGUAUUUCAAUAUGCCCUAUUCAACAUUGCCAACAGACAUAAGCCUUUCUCAUUUGGAGCAUCUCCACAAGCUCCAUUUGAACGGGAAUAUAAAGAAGCUACCUGAUCCACACCAAUUCCCACCGAACCUCGUCAAGCUAAGUCUUUCUAAUUCCGUUCUCGAGGAAGAUUCAAUAGAUAAGCUUGGGAGGUUGCCAAACCUAAAGAUGCUUCUCUUGGGAUACCAUUCAUACAAGUGGACAAAACUGGUUUGCUCCUCCUCAGAAGGGUUUCCUCAGUUGCACAUUCUACAUCUACAAUUGUUAAAUGAUUUGGAGGAGUUGAUAGUGGAAGAAGGGGCAAUAAUGAAGCUCAAGAAUCUAAAGAUAGUCCGCUGUCCAAGAUUGCGAAAGAUUCCAAAACGAUUUAAGUUAUUGACUAUACUCUUGAAUGAAGGGGAUUUAUAUUGACUGGUCUGUCUAUAUCUAUUUCAUUAAAUUUCUCCUUGUUCGCUGGUCUGUCUAUUUCCUCCACUUGUACUAGCUAUUUGGGUUAUUAUUUCAGGUUGUUUCUUUGGCUUUUCCUAAUAAAAGUUUGUUGUUCGUCGA